AACUGUUCAACAAUGGAAACGGGUUCGGGUCGGGUCAAGGGUCCAUGGAGCCCCGAAGAAGACGAGUUAUUGAAGAACCUCGUAGACGAACACCGGGCAAGAAACUGGUCAAUUAUCAGCAAAUCGAUUCCGGGUCGAUCCGGAAAAUCAUGUAGGCUAAGGUGGUGUAAUCAGCUUUCACCUCAAGUGGAGCAUAGGCCAUUUACUCAUGAGGAAAAUGAAACAAUUAUGAAAGCCCAUGCAAAAUUCGGUAACAAAUGGGCUACGAUAGCCCGUUUGUUAUCGGGCCGAACUGAUAAUGCGAUCAAGAAUCACUGGAAUUCCACACUUAAAAAACGUAAGUUUCCUGCCACGUUGGAUGAUUUAACGUUCGAAAGUUAUCAUCCGCCGUUAAAAAGAUCGUUAAGUACCGGGUCGGGUACGGGUAGUCCAUCUGGAUCCGACUUGAGUGAUUCGGGUUGUUUUGCCCGACCCGUUAGGAUUCUGCCACCUUCAGUUCAACAGGUUGAAACUGUUUCAUCAAUACCUGACCCAUUAACAUCUCUGAGUCUCUCUUUACCCGGAUCAGGAUCCGAAUCCGGACAGAAUUCUGGUCGGGUGACCCGAAUCCAGCAAGUUGCUGAAACGGUUUUUAUGCCUCAGAAUUAUUGCAGUUUUGGUCCUUCAAGUAUGGAGAAACCGUUAUUUAGUCCAGAUUUUUUGGUAGUUUUGCAAGACAUGAUACGGAAAGAAGUUGAGAAUUAUAUGUCAGGAUUUGAUGAUAAAGGGGUUUUAGCACACACAGAAGCAAUAAGGAAUGCUAUUGUUAACCACAUUAGUAAAGAUUGAGUAUAUUUUUAUGUUUAAUAAGGAGGAAAAAAAGGAGAGUUCAUAGUUUUUAGUUGAUGCUUUUGUAGUAUUACAUCUUGUUUCUACAGAACAAAAACUUUUGCAGGAAUAUAGGAAACAAAACACCCA